ACCAGAGACGUAUUUUCAAAUCCCCUACAAAUUGUCUUCCUUAUUUGCUAAGAGGUUAGUGAUUCCCUCUGGUAGACACGAAGAAGCACAGGACACGGCUACGUGGAAAGUUCGUCUUUGUUCGGUGGUUUAGGAAUUCACAUCUUUGUCCCGUGGCAGCACCUGUGGCAUUUGGAACACAGCAAGGACAUUUUGGGCCAGAAAAGCUUCAUUCAGCCACAGUUAUAGAUCCAUCUUUAACCAUGAGCUGCCCUGAGUCUCAAAAGACAAAGAUGGGUGGGAAGAAUGCUAGUUCUCCUCCCAGACAAGUAAUCUUCAGGAAAAGCACCCGUGACAAAGCUCUAACCAUCUACUUGGGAAAACGGGACUUCAUCGACAACAUAGGGAAUGUGGAGCCUGUAGAUGGUGUCGUAUUGGUGGAUCCUGCAAUUCUCAAGGGGAAAAAAGUGUACGUUUCCCUGACCUGCGCUUUCCGGUAUGGCCAGGAAGACAUCGAUGUGAUUGGUCUCACCUUCCGACGGGACCUGUACUUCUCUAGGGUCCAAGUGUACCCACCUGCUGACAAGCCAGAGUCUCUCUCUCACUUGCAGGAAUCUCUGCUAAAGAAGCUGGGGAAAAAUGCUUAUCCCUUUUUAUUUACGUUUCCAGAUUAUCUGCCUUGUUCGGUCUGCCUGCAGCCUGCUCCUCGUGAUGUUGAUAAGACCUGUGGGGUGGACUUCGAAGUGAAAGCUUUCUCAACAGAGAAUGUGGAAGAGAGGAUUCAUAAGAGGAACUCUACACGUCUGCUCAUCCGUAAGGUGCAGUACGCUCCAGAAACCCCAGGACCCCAACCUUGUGCAGAGACCACCUGGCAGUUCUUUAUGUCUAACAAGCCGUUACACUUGAAAGCUUCCCUCAGUAAAGAGGUGUACUACCAUGGCGAGCCCAUUCCAGUCACUGUCACCAUCAACAACAGCACAGACAAAACAGUGAAGAAGAUCAAAGUCCAGGUGGAGCAGGUUGCCAACGUGGUUUUGUACUCCAGUGACUACUAUACCAAAGUGGUGGCUGCUGAGGAAGCACAGGAAAAGGUGCAGCCUAACAGCAGCCUGACCAAGACACUGACACUGUUGCCCUUGCUAGCAAAUAACCGAGAGACCCGGGAAAUAGCUCUGGAUGGAAAGCUAAAGGAUGAGGAUACCAACUUGGCUUCUAGUACUAUUAUUAAGGAUGGAAUAGACAAGACAGUGAUGGGGAUUCUGGUAUCCUACAAGGUCAAAGUGAAGCUCACUGUUCCAGGCAUGCUGGGAGACCUCACUUCCAGUGAAGUGGGCACAGAGCUGCCGUUUCGUCUGAUGCACCCCAAACCUGAGGAGAAGAACACAUCAGGUCAGUUAUGCCUUUCUUCAUUAACAGACUGAUGUGAAAUCUUAGUGUGGCGAGGUGAUCUGUUGUUCUACAGGAAGCCUUUAGAGUCAACAGGACUCCAGCGCGGGAGUUGCUCUGUAUGUGUAUACGUAUAUGCAAGUGUACACAUAUAUUGGCCUCAAGGCACAAAAUAACAGGGAAAAGGUGGAAAUGGGUAAUGUUCCCUUUUUGUCUUUUAUCUAUGGAAUCACAACUCAAAGCACAGGGCUUGACGAAGUCCUGCACGUGGUUAAACCUCAUGACUGCCGUGCAAAAUGUCCUGAAUGAAGCUGUCAGCAUUCCCAUCCAGAUUCCAACCUAGCAAACAAGAAUCUGUGACAGAAAACACCUAAGACACUUGAAGAUUGUAAAAAGCAAAAUACUUUUAAACAAAGUUAAGAGAUGAUAAAACCGUUCAUGAUUUUAAAGUCCCCGUUAUCUUGAUGUGGCAUUGGCCACGGUGUCUGUGAUGUGACCUUUAUGUUCAGUGCGUAUCUGAGCGAAUGUAUCUUCAGAGUCAGGUUAGCAAAUGGAUGUGUGGGAACUUGUGUAAGGAACCCAGGCAUGUUGAGGCUCAGGACCAGAUGCCAAAACUGCAGGCUGUCUUGAGCAUCUGUGUUCUCCUCCCACUUCCUCAGGCCCUGGCUGGCUCUGCUCUCUAAUGGUGAACAUACAGAAACUGCAAGGUGCUUGCACUAAAUCAGGAACUCCUGAACACCAUCUGAAGCAACUAUGAAAGGAGUUAUCCCCAAAUAGAUGCCAUGUUCUGUACUGGAAGCAUUAGAGGGGUGACUUUAGUCCUUACCAUGUGAAAUUCUUGGAGGAAUCACAUGUGAGCGAUGAGAAGUUUUCCACACUCAGGUGCUCUGGUUGGGAAUCACUGUUUUCUAGUUACAGAUGUGCUGGAGUGGGCAAAGGUAGGUUUCUUCACUCCUCUUUGAGACUUGCACCAUAGUAAUCUCUGACUUCCACUGGGAAAACCCCUGCUGUGAGCUGUGCCAGCAGGGCUUCUUCUCACAAACACAGAACAUGCUUGUAGGAGAAGCUUUUUCUGCGUGUUACACUCCUACCAGAGUCUAGGAAGCACCUUCAGGAGAAAUCCAUGAGGCUUAUUCCCCUCUCACCCCCUUUUUGCUCUGGCCACAGAGGAGACAGCCACUGAGAAGCACAGGACUCCCCAGAGCAGAACGUAACCCAAAGCUUCCCCCAGCUGGUCUGCAAGGUGGAACUCAAGUCCUCAGGGUUGGUCCAUAGGAUUGAUAAUGUUGGAGAACUUUGGAGAAGCUGCUGUGAAGCAAGUGCUUUUGUUGGCAUAGCUCUGCCCACGCUGCGAGGUUCACUUUCUUGCUGCAGGGCAGUGAAACUCUGCCAGCAAAACACUGACAUUGCUGCAUGCUUGAUCCUGAUCUCAAGCGGGUGAUUCAUUGUGGGAGAGCUGCUUUGGCAAGGGUCUUCUGUCUCUUCUGGUAGCUUGUGUGUACUGAAACACUUCCCUUGGACUUUCCUGCGGCAAUCACAGGAGCCUGGUGAAGGGCUGGUGGCCCCAGAGCGGUGGCUGAUGAGGGCCAUCUCGUGUCUGGGGACAGCCCUGCAGGGCAGAGGUGCUGGUGGGGCAGCUUGGAGCUGCAAAACCUGCAACUUUGAUGGAUAUGGAGAAAAACUUGAAAAGUUCAAACAUGGAAUGUCCAAAGACUUUGGCAACUAUAAAGAACUUUACAUUUUUAGAAUGGUGUGAAUUUUUUUACAUGACAUUGUUUGAUGUUAACAAUGCCACAUCUCACUUUUUAUUACUUACGCUUCAGGCUGAUAAGUCUGGCAGAAGCAUCUCUAAUAGGAAGAAAAAUGGAAGUCAAUCAGUUCUUUCUUCUACAAUAAUUUCAAAGGACGGCCGAUACACUCCCUUAUAGGAUGUGGGCAGAAGACUUUACAAAGGAAACGAAGAACUGUGAUAUUUCUCAGAUUGCUUCCCCCAACACAUCCUCUUACUGAAGGCACAGCCCACGUAUUGUUUGCUACAUCAAAGUCUUCCAGGAGCUUGCUGUUGGAAGACAGCUAUGGUUCGUACAUUUUGUACAGCUGGAAACUGCAGAUUUCUUAUAAAUUGGAAAAAUAUACAGGUAGUUUCAGGAGCUGUCCCAAGGGAAAGCCUUGCAAAUGGUUAAUUCCAGAAAGAAAUGCUUUCUUUUAAAAAGGAUAAUGUAACACAACAGAAAAUUCCGCUGAAGCCUGCAUAGCUGAGGUUAAAUCUGUGUUGGAAUGUGGUGUCUGAGCUCAUUACAGGGAAUAAAACAACGUCACAUAGGAAGUUGGUAAACUAAAACUCUUUCCGGGGUUAUUUGCUAGAGGUUUUCUAUGCCCGGUGCCUAAUCACUCUUCCUGAGUUUAGGUUUUUUAAAUUUUGAUUCUACCACCUUAGUUCAUAAACUCUGAGAAAUAAAAUGUGUUUCAUUACUUGAAAUACCAUCUAAUUUGGGAUGAAGCAAAUUGAGGCUUAAUUGCAGAGAUGGAGCUUCAGCAAACAGCAUUCACGCUUUCAAAGGCCCCAAAAGAUGGAUUUUUUCAUCAUUGGCUUGUUCAGCAGCCUCUGCAGUGGGUGGAGGCAGGGAUGCAUGCACAGGGAAUUUUGAGGUCAUUCCUUAUCUUCUUUUUCUUUUCCCUUUCAGUUUUACUGAUGAGUCAGUAGUAACUAGUUUGCCUCUUGCACCUCUCUGCUUACUUGAGUGUCACUUCAUUGUAUGACAUAGCUGAGAGAAAGGAAAGAAGUCAAAGUAGCCGUUGUAUAGAGUCAAAUGCCACAUGUUACGGUUUAUUUCUUGCAGCAGUGUAAUAUCCUUUUGCCUUCUCUAGCCAAGGUGAUUUAUGGCAAAAGUAAAUCAAACGUGUAGCAUCGUUAUAUUUAAUCACACAGGGCUGAUCUGUGGGUAGAGCAGCUCAGAAAGAUAAGCUUCUCAAGCAGGUGGUUUAAUUGUUUUAGGGCCAAACUGCAGCAAGUGUGAUCCAUUGCCGUGUGCUUUAUUUCACAGCAGAUUGCUUUGCCCUUUUAUUUGUCUGUGGGUGAGCUCUGAAGCAUUUAUCACUGGAUAGAAGGCAGGUCUGUCAGAGAGCAUGGCUACUGCAGACUGCUUGCUCUUUCUUUUCUGUGCCUGGAGGAGACAGAGAAGGAAUGGCUUGCUACCUUUCUUUUCCCAUGUUUAUUUAUAGCUUCUUUGUCUUGGACUGCUUGUAGGCCGGCAUUUGCAUGUUUCAUGUGUUCUGGCUUUGCAACUGUGUUUGGACUCAUGUGGUUCACAGGUGGUUAUUUUUAGGCGAAGCAGCUCCUGUCGUAUUGGCAGUCUCUUUUCCUCCUGUUGACAAAAAAUGGAUAAAGAUCCAUUUCUUUUAAAGGCAGAUUCAAACUGGGCUGUGUCUCUUCAAACUUCUAAGACCUUUCCCACUCAGCAGUUGGCCCAGAAGCUCCUGCUGGGUUUCUUCUCAAGGCUGUGGUCUCAGCACGAGUUCUUUGGUCUGGGGUUUUCCUAUGUUUUACAUUUGGUGGGCCUAUGUCUGAGACACUGGCCCUCAUUUUGGCUGUAGUUCAACAAAUAGUCAUUUAUCUGCUCCCUUGUUAAACUUGCACAAAAGCUAUGGUUUCAAUAAAGCCAUAAAUACUUUACCCCUUUAAUAUUAAAGCUAUAUCUGCCCAGUAUUGUUACCAUAACUUUCAGAAAUUAGUGCAUUCUUUAAGCUCUUUAAUGUCUUGGAAAAAUAACACAGCCUACUCCCUUCCCCCCUCAAAGUUAAGAGAGGUUAAAAGCAAGCUUAUAAUGAAAAUUACCAUAUGCCACAACUUUAAUUAUAUGGAAUCAUUUCUGUGGCUGCAUAAUGAAAGCUUAGAGGAAAACCCUCUGCAGAGUGUAUGAUGACAUUCUGGUGCCUCACUGAACACAGCCCCCCUCCCAUCCCAGCCCUCAAAACAAGUGCUGGCAUGCUAGUUAAAAAAAAGGAAGAGUCUACCCCUUUUCAGGUUCCUGAGAAUUUGUCGAUGUUACAAUGUGAAAUAAGCCAAAGGGCAGCAAGAGGACUACCUGGAAUGGGCCUGACUCCUGCCCAGGUGCCAUUUAACAGGCUACGUGUUGGUUUGGCUGCUUGAAGGUAAAACAUCUUCAAAUGUUGUCUUACAUCUGAGGUGUACGAUAAGCAUUACUCCACUGCCACUCUACCUACGUAUUGAUUCAAUAAGCAGUGUUUAUCUGCCAGGAAAGUGUAUGCCCAACUGAAACAACACCUGUUUUCCCCCCCUCAACCCAUUUUGUGAAAUUGGCUUCGACCCACAUUGGGGGGUAUCGCUCAGCUUCACCCAUGUCGUUGAUGUGUAGUGAAUGAACUUCAAAGAGGGGAAAGAGAGCAGACUAUUUAAAGAAUAAAAAUUGGAGGAAAAAUUAGAUGAGACCUUUGCUCUAAAUGUUGGAAUUUAAAGCUUUAAAGCUCUAAAUAUUUUACUUUAAAUCCAUUUCAUUCAAGCACGUGUGCCCUGAGACUUUCUAGACUUCAUCUUGGGUGAAGGAAACCAUCCUUUCCAAAUCUGGACAGAAGCCAUCCUGCAAGGCAUUUUGGCUAGAAUGGCACACUUAAUGCUGACUUUUCCAGCAGUGCCAGUUGCCACUUGUUGCCCUUGACUUCAACGUGCGUUGUGGGUGGGAAUUCUCCAGGUAGCAAGUUAUCCAGUCAUUGAAGCAUCCCAUUUCCUCUGCUCCCUGAUUUAAACUCAUGAAAAGUAUGCCAGCGAGGCAACUGUUACUUGCUAAAGAUAAAUAACUGUACGAACAGAAAAAAAAAGCCCAGCCCAGAUUUCAUCACUGCAAUACAGUCUGUUCUGCUUACUUUAGGCUGUGCUUAAACAGCUUCCAAGGAAUCCUGCUAGCAAGCAGGAUUCAUUACUGUGUGGUUAGAAAAGAUCCAAUUAAAGAAACACAAGUGCCAAAGGACUCAGGGUUAUAUUCAGGAAAAGAUGAGAUGCGGAGUGUUGCCUCAAGUGCCUCACCUGUCUGAUGAAAGACCACCAAGGCCUUUCUGUAUUCAGAUCUCAGGUUGAUUUUAAUAGUGUCAUGUUUAUUGAACAUCAUCUUCUCAUCAGCUGACUGCUUCAAUCACAGUGACAGACCGAGACCAACCUCGCGUCAUGCAAGCACUGUCAUCUCAGAAUAGAAGUGAAUGCACAGAUGUCUCUCCCAGCUGUGACCACCAGCAAGCAUAGAUAGGAAAAUCUCUUUGUUUCUCAGCCCUUCUGAUGUCUUGGCCGACAUUCUUUCCCGUUCAGGAGGUGGAGUUUUGUUUCAUCAGGUGCAUGUCAGCACGUUUUCAGACUUUCUGGAAUUCUCUUUGUAUUGCUGCAAAUUUUACUGCUUGUCACUCUUUGUCUUGGGAGUUUAUAUUUUUUUGACUAGUUUUAGCAUCCAUGUUCUAACUGUGUGGUGUGUCUUUUUUCCUCCUUAACGCCGAUGACUGCAGGGAAGGAUGGGUAAGUUUCUUUUAAUGGUAUUUCACGUUCUAGCUGCAGUUGUGUAUUCGCUCUUUGAAAAGUCCUCAAAACUGUCAAAAAGUCCACAGGGUUCACAGAAAUCUAGAGUCACUGUGACCUGACAAAUUACUGCUAGCAUUUGAGCAGCAAUGGCUGACCAUGUGAAACUGGUUUAAGAGAACAUGUUUUGCCUCACAGUUGGAUGGAGGGAUGUGUUUGUGGUCAGCUGACGCUCUGUAGCUCUAAGUUUGAGACACAAUAGGUUUGACCACGUGUCCAUAUCUUAGUACAGAAGGAAUAAGGAUUAAAAGUUUCACAUUUUAGUUCACAGAAUUGUAGAAUCAUAGAAUAGUUUGGGUUGGAAGGAACCUUAAAGCUCAUCCAGUUCCAACCCCGCUGCCAUGGGCAGGGACACCUCCCACUGGCUCAGGCUGCCCAAGGCCCAUCCAACCUGGCCUUGAACACCUCCAGGGAUGGGGCAGCCACAGCUUCCCUGGGCAACCUGGGCCAGGGCCUCACCACUCUCAUCGUGAAGAAAUUCUUCCUUACGUCAAGCCCAAAUCUGCCCCUCUCCAGUUCACACCCAUUCCCCCUCAUCCUAUUACUACAGGCCUUUGUGAACAGUCCUUCCCCAGCUUUCUUGUAGCCCCUUUCAGUUCCCGGAAGGUUGAGGUUCUACACAAAGACCCUUUCCGGUUGCAGUCUCUUUGGCUAGCUGUUAAAUAUUUAGCUGGAAUGGACAUGAUUCAGUACAGAUAGAAAGUUCCUCAAUUUCUGUCCUGACUUGCUCAAUCAACUGCUUUUCAUACUAGCUAGGAUACCACCAAUGAAGAUGGUGCCUGUGGGAAUGUGAUCCAAAUCCCUUUGAAGACAAAGGAAACGUUACCAGAAUCUGCUCCGGGCUUCCCUUCUUCCUCCUAUGCGUUACCUUUAGUCUGCUGGUAUAAAAAAAUUGCUAACGUCAUUUUGAAAGACCUGUGUUUCUUCCAUUUCAGUGAAGCAGAGCUGGUAUUUGAGGAGUUUGCUCGUCAACAGCUAAAAGAUAUGCUUGAUGAUGAAGACAAGAAUAUGUCCUCAGCUGAUGAGUGACUAAAAGAACGAGCUGCCAGAGAAGCUAUGUCAUCUGGCAUCAAUUAGAAAUGUAGGACCUAGGUUUCUAGUAAACUGCAUGUUCUCAGUGCAUGCCUGGUCUUCCAGGGAUCAGCCCUGAGAUCAGUGGACAUAAAAUCAUGAAUCUUUAUUGCUUAUUAAAAAUUUAAGCUCUAGAAGAAUGAAGCAAACUCAAAACCUGAUGCUUACUCAAGCUACCAGAGGAGGAGAGGAAGGCUGCUAUGCCAUGACUCCUGCUUUCAGAGCUACCUGAAAAACAAAACGUUGGUUGCUUUCACUGCUGGUGAGAGGUGAAAUGAGGGUUUGUGCAGCUUGCCUGGACUUACUCGGUGUCACAGAGUCGCCGACUUUGAAAUGCCGGUGAGCCAGCCCUAGCAGCCUUCAGUGAUUCACUGAAGUUUCUCAUCAGACUGUACAAAACUGAUUUUAUUUCCGUUUGAUUGGUUUUGCAUUUAUGCUUUAUCAAACUCGUCUAGUGAAUAUUCUGAGUGCUUGCACUGUCUCCCCGUGUGGCUUACAUCCACGUUCUGUACCAUUAAAUGUUUGGUAAGCCAUCUUCCACAGCGGAUUUACUGCUGAAAUAUGUUGUUAGCUUUCUAGCAAUAUUCUUAACAACCGCGUUAUUAAAGAUGAGAGAAAUGUG